AUAAUGAUAUAGAUUUUCGAGCUUGCAACAACGCGUGACAAAAAUCCGGAUAAGACAGCCCGUAUAUCAAUUUAAUUUAUUUCUUAACAACUGUUGUUUAUUAUAAAUACUUACUUAUUUACUAUUAGUAAGUGCAUUUUUAACACUUAAAAUUCAAUUAUUUCAUUCAUAACAAUGUUGAUUAAAUUAAUAUAAUAUAAAUAUUGUUUAUAAAGAGAAAGAAGAUAUAAAAUUGUUGAUAUGUUUUGUAGAAAGAUUUAAUCGUAGGCUUCAAUAUAUCUUUAUAGUAAAAAAAAAAAGGCGAAGGGAACCUAUACUACACCAAUCAAUAUAUUGACCAUGAACGACCGUCAAUCGGUAGACAGAGCUAUGUCGAAAGCCGAACGGGUUGCGUUGAAACCUUCUAGAGUAUCGGAUUUAUACGCCUCCCUCUCACCUCCGAGAUCUCCACGUCAUCCGAAAUUUGUUGAUGUUCAAAAUUGGAAGGAAAGUAGGCGAAAUGUCGACGAAAAACCGGGAGAAAGAAAAGUUGAAACGUACGAGAGACAUUUUGUGGAUAGAACUAGGCCUGUUUCAGUGAAUUUUUCACCGAAUAGUAGUAUGUCAACAACUGCAAGUUAUAAAGUACCAGUUCAUUUAGACGCUCUAUCGGAAUGUUCAAAUUCUAAAUCGUUUACUAUCCGCUCGGAUGGCUUAGGAGAAGAGGAAUUAGACGCUAUUCGUAACGUUGACGAUACUUUCAACAGGACCUUAAUAACAACUGAUGAGAAUACUGGUGAGCGAAUAAUGAAAGUAACCUUUGAUGUUAGUGGAUUUUCAUCGAAAGACAUCAAGGUUAAAGCAAAUGCUCAAAACGUUCAGGUCAUUGCAAAAAAAGAAGAUUCGGGCUAUAACGAAAGGUCGACAAAAGAAUAUACCAGAAACGUACAACUUCCUCCCGAAGCUGAUCAUAGUAGGAUAAAAUGUUCUAAAAGUGGACGGAGUUUGACAGUUGAGAUCCCGAUUAUUGACAAAUCUAAUAUUAAACCACCAGAACUUAAUUCACCGACAAUAGUGAAAGAUAAAGAGGGUAGUAAAUGGGAAUUAUUAGCAGAUGUCGGUCAUUUUUUCGAUGCGGAUGAAAUAGUCGUCAAGUACAAAAGUGGUAACAUUCUACAAAUACAAGCGGAACACAUUGAAAAUGGCUCGACGGAUAAAAUGAAAGCCAGUUUGCUUAGAGAAUUUCAUAUUAAUCGACGUAUUAUACCAAGAUCGAUUAAAGCAGGUUUAACAGGAAGUGGACAGUUAAAAGUGAGUGCUAAAGUGAGAGAUGAUAGUUUCUAAAAAUUGAAGAACUUGCCAAUUGCAAUUAUUUGUAAUAUAUCUUGUGCUAACAAUAACAUUUUUUAAAUAUGGUUUACAGAGUAUUAUUACAUAUAGAUAUAAAAUUGAAAAAACACAGAGCGAUAAAGGCAAUUGUUCCAUUACAAAUGAGUAAAACACUACCCUUUUGACAGUUUUCAUUUGGCGCUUUUCACCUUUUACAUUCUUCUUUGCUUUAAAGUAAAUGAAUGAAAUAUUUUCACUAUGUGCUUAAACGUUUACAGAUUUACCGCAGUCUUAUUUGACAAUUGCACAAGCUGAUAAUUAUUCUGAGCUUAGCCUUCAAAUAAAUUUACAUAGCUACUCAUAAUCAGCUUUAAAAUGUAUUGAACAAAAAAUUAUAGGCAUAAUUUCUAAUGUAACAUUCCAUAUGUUAUUGUGUUAUAUUGACACAUAUCUCAUUAAAUGAUUAAAUUCAUUUACAAAUACUAAA